AUGGACUUUCCAGAGAUCUUAAAUUGCCCACGUGUCGGCGACGAUACUCCACGUGGGAGGAGUAGAAGCGGUUGCUUUUCAUUGCUUUCCGCCGUCCUCGAGCUCAUCCAAAUAUCCAAUCAGGGAUGGAAACGGAGUGAGUGUUUUGGCAAUGUUAACUCUAGUGAAUUAGACGAUUUGCGCAGUCUAGAUUUAGUCCCACCGAACCAGUUUCUAAAUAUGAUAUCUACUUAUAUUUGUGAGCUUAUGUUCUCAUCUGGAGUAGGCUUAGAUGAUCAGGCUUACUCUGGCUUCUUGUGGGCUGGGGUUGCUGGACUACGACAGUUCUGCGCUGGAUACAACAAAAUCGAAAUCAUUUCCCCAGAAAAUGAGCCUCUGGUCAUCAAAAUCCAGCACUGUCAUAAUGCAGCAAUUUCUAGUUGUUUGGGUGGUGAUGAUGGCAAUGUGGGGAGUCCAAUUUACUCCAAAUGUGAUUUUAAGGCAAUCUUCAACUUUGGCGACUCAAAUUCCGACACUGGUGGGUUUUGGGCAGCAUUUCCGGCACAGUCUGAUCCUUUUGGCAUGACUUACUUCAAGAGACCAGCUGGUCGGGCUUCUGACGGGAGGCUCAUUGUUGAUUUCUUAGCACAAGCUCUGGGAUUGCCAUUUCUGAGCCCAUAUUUGCAAUCAAUUGGAUCUGAUUAUAGACACGGAGCCAACUAUGCAACAUUGGCAUCUACUGUACUAUUGCCCAACACUUCCCUAUUCGUUACUGGGAUCAGCCCUUUUUCUCUGGCUAUUCAGAUCAACCAAAUGAAGGAAUUCAAAAUCAAGGUUCAGGAAUUCCAUUCCACUCGUAAACUAGGAUCAACGCAUCUCCCAUCACCGGACCUUUUUGGAAAGUCUCUCUACACAUUUUAUAUUGGUCAGAAUGAUUUUACAUCAAAUUUAGCUGCUAUUGGUAUAGGUGGAGUAAAGCAAUAUCUACCCCAAGUGGUUGCACAAAUUGCCAGUAGUAUCAAGGAGCUAUAUGCAUUAGGAGGGCGAGCAUUUCUUGUUCUCAAUCUUGCACCGGUAGGUUGUUAUCCUGCGUUCUUGGUACAGCUUCCUCAUGACAGCUCGGACGUCGACGCCUUCGGUUGUUUGAUCUCUUACAAUAAUGCGGUGGUGGACUAUAAUAACAUGCUGAGAAAGGCACUAAGCCAAACUAGAACGGCACUCCCAAAAGCUUCCCUGAUACAUGUGGACAUCCAUGCUAUUCUACUAGAGCUCUUCCAGCAUCCCACUUCUCAUGGGCUCAAAUAUGGUACCAAAGCAUGUUGUGGCCAUGGAGGAGGCAAGCACAAUUUUGAUCCUAAAGUUUACUGUGGAAAUACCAGAGCGAUUAAUGGAAGCAUUGUAAGAGCAUUAGCUUGUGGCGACCCAUACAAGUAUGUUAGCUGGGAUGGAAUACAUGCCACAGAAGCAGCAAACAAGCUUACUACAAUAGCUAUUUUGAAUGGGUCUUAUUUUGAUCCUCCUUUUCCUCUUCACGAUCUCUGUGACCUCCAACCUAUUGAUUGA